UCCUACCAUUUAUUAUUUACAUUCCACAUUUAUUGAUAGUUUUAUUCAAUUUAGAUUAUCCAGAAUGAAUCAUUUGAAAUAAGGCACUUUUUAUUGAAAAUUUGUAUAAUUUAUGCAAAUUAGGUAAUGAAAUGUAUGGUUACUGCAUUCUUUUUUUCAUUAGUUUUCUUAUGCUACUUCCACAAACGCUUUGAAUCAAAUUUGACAUUUCUAUGAAGUAGCUUUACAUUUUUACAAGUGUAUUUAGUAAAUUACUCAUUUUAGAGGCUAAUUUACAUAAUUUAUGCUAAUUAGGGUUAAGUUGCAUAGAUAAAGAGUGUCUCUUUGGACAAAAAAAAUUCAAUGGGUUCAAGGAAUAUACAUGCCAAGAGGCACAUUUGUACUAAAAAAUGCAGCGUUCACCCCUUUUUUUGCAGUUAACAAGUCUACUAAUGCUGGAGCAUCACCAGCAAAGGUAAGGCAAUGCAAAGGUUUUGUAUGUAAGCAUGUGAUUCUACAUGAGCAUAUGUGCUGAGCUGUGGGAAAUUAUUUUUGUUUUCUGUAAAAUGUUAUUGAUGCUGAUUCAGAUCGACAGAUGAUGUCACAGAGGGAACGAGGUCUGACCUCUCUUUUUGGUUUGGAGCUUAGCAAGUUGGAAAAUAUUCUUUUGAAAAUUGUUCAGAAAUCUACAAAACAUAUAUUUGGAUUCUAUUUUGUAACAUAUGAGUUGUUUUUCGCAUGAUGCAUCAAUAGGAUUUAACUUGGAUUUGGAUUGCACAGAACUUGUAUUAAUGAAACUUAAUCCUUUAUUAUAAAAAAUGAUGUUACUUGUAGAUAUUCUUUAGUGAUUUCAAAUUUGUAUUAUAGGGUUGUGUUUCUUUACUAGACAAAGGUCAAGUGAGCUAAAAAGAGAAUGAGUGUAUGCAUUUUAGGAUGUGCUUGUGUCUGUAUGUGUCUGUGUGUGAGAGAGAGGUAAGGGAGGUGGUGCAAAGAGGGAGAGAGAGAAAAGGGAAUGUAAUUAAUGUGGAGAGGGAGAGAGAGAGAGCAAAACAGAGAGAUAAGUCACAUGAGAUUUACUGACUUGUUUGUUAAAAUCAACAACUUUCAUAAGUUGAAACAACUUUUCAUCUAAAACUGAAAAUCGAGCUCAUUGCCUACAUAUGAAAUACAGUAUAUAGACAACUAGAAACUUACCUGAACAUUGAAAGAAUGGAAAAAAUGAGUUUUUAAAGAUGAGUUUCUUGGAAAUAUAUUUAGUUUCACUUUUACCAGACAUCAUUUUGACAGACAUCGACUUAUUGUUCAAACAUGUAUUUUAUGUAAUUUGUUUUUGUUCUUCUCUGAAGCACCUUGAGCAUCUAAUCAAGACGGGAAGUGCGCUAUACAAGUCAUAUAUUUUACCUACUCCAUGUCUGGUCUGUCUUUCAGAGAUCUGAUUAAUACUUUCAUAGCCAUAGUGAAAGAUUGUGCUGAUGAAGUGAAGCACGCUGCAUCAUCCAUAAAGAAAGAUGUUGAUUCAAACAUCACAGAAACGACAUCCCACACAGCCGAAGUCAUGAGCAAAAUUGCAAAUGAGCUGGCUCUUCAUCAUAAACAGCUUCUCAAUAGCUUAAAGACAAGAGAGGAUCAUGAAGCAAAAGUAAAAGACUUGAUGGAAACCAUUGCUUCUAAAGAUGCAAAAAUUCAGCUCCUUGAAUCCCAGCUGGAAACAGCCAAGUCUGAUAGAAAUGGGCACCUCCUGAAAGCUAUGCUUGACAUGUACAAAGAACAACAAAGUGUUACAAAACAACAUCUUGAUAAGGUCCAUGAAGAACAACAGAACAUAAAAGACCAGCAGAGUAUGCUUCUCAAAGAAACAGAGAAAAGCCAUGCCACCCUCAACAGGAUGACUUUAGCUGCACAUGCAAAAGGAGAUGAAUCAAAGAGAAUGUUUCAGAUUGAAAGAGACAUAAAUCACUCAACAUCUUCAUCAGUACCUCCAAUAUCAAUUGGGACAACAUUCAACAAGUGCAGAUAUUUGCCUGGGAUAGCUGAGAGUGAUGGCAUUGAGCGGUCAAAAAUUACACCUCUGCAAACAAACACUGAUUCUUGUCAAGUGACAGGUCAACUCCAUGUCAACCAAAUGAAUGUUCCCAAUCCUACCCAGGGGCAGUUGCAGAGUUUAUAUCCUAGUUCUAGCCAAUGUGGAGUGUCAGAUGAUGUCGUGCCCAGAACUGAGCGAAAGAGGAUGCCUCUGAAUACUUCAUCACAACUAUUCCAGAAUCCACCUGUUAGUUAUCAAAACUAUCACCAAGAUCUAUCAAAUGGCAUGUAUGCUUUUGAACCUGUAGUGAGACCAGAAAUUCUGUAUCAACCACAAGGAUCAGCCCAUCCUGCUCUACCUCAAUAUAGAAAGCAAGCAGGAAGCACCAGGAAUCAUUUGCAAGAUCACCAAAAUCUUCCCACUUCGACCAAUUAUCCAACAGGCAAGAUGACAUCUUGUUACAACCAUUUCAACAACAAGUUCAGUAGCCCUAAUUACACCAGUAGUAAUCAACUAUGGUCAAAGAAGAAUUUGAAGCCAUCCCCUGUUGCAACCAUUGCCCCUCAAGCCCAUUGCAUUAAAACAUAUGGCGAUGGAUCACAGGAUACCCAGGUAAUUUCAAGAACAAGAAAGCAGAGCUCUCAAAAGAGAACUGGGAACGGAGCAGCAGAAUGGCAUCAACCACAGAGGAAGUCAGCUCGUUUGUCUGCAAGGAAUAGCCCUGAAAAUGCAAAUGGCUUUUGUUCCCUGAAGGAGGAAAGGGGAGAGGAGGAUAGACCAUCUAAAAGAAAGAGUAAACCAAGAAAAAAAGGAAGGUCUCAUUAUGUUGCCCAAUCAGUAAAAGAAAAUGAAAGUCGAUUAGAUGAGUCUCAAAGUGUGGACGAAAUGAUACCCACUUACACGGAGCAGAAAAACCCUUCUGCCAAAAGUGGGGCAUUCCAAAACCACAUAUCUAUGAAGAAACUACCAACCCAAAUAAGGCAAGAUAAAACUCGUUCAACAAUUCCAAGUACAAGUACCAGAAGUAUGUCUGAUAUCAGAACUAUUGAAAACAACUCUUCUGAUGAAGAUGAUGAAUACACAUUUCAUGAUGAUCAACAGAAUCCACCAGCCACAACUUUUAAGGCAGUCCAUACUGUCAAGCAUAGUACUUCUUGUGGAGAUAAAGUCAAGCAUGAACAACAAGAAGCUUUCACAAAAAGAUCUGUUAUCACAUACUCCACACCCAAGGGAAUGAAAGAGAAAUGCACCUCUGCUCAAGGAUCAACAUGCAACAUGGGACAAAUGAAUAAUUCUACAUUGGGAAGACAAAAUGUCAAAGGCAAAUGUUGGCAAGGAAGAGGAGUAUCUGCACAGUGUAACAAUCCAGAUACUGACAUUUUGGACACAAUCAAGACAUACACUCAGAGUGAAGAAGAAGAAGGUUCUCAAGAAAUCCAGUUUUCCUUGAUACUACCUGAUCACCUUGAGUUGCAGCGAAAUAAUAAUCUUGUCCCAGCUGACUGGUCAUCUGUGAUGUCACCAUCAGUUAACAGUAGCUACUCUGAGCAAGUUGUUCCUGACAAACCUCAAACCAAAAGGCCAUCAAAGAACUUGACAUCUACUCGUAAACGAAGAAUGAUAUAUGGAUCAAAGGAUGAUCUUAGGAAAUCAAUGGCUCAACUCAUCACCCCUAUCUAGCUGAAGAAAUGGUAAUAGACUUUCUCCUUCUUUGGUUCAAUAGUCUACAACAAAAAUUGUUUGUUUUAGUGAUAAAUAGAGUUUUUUUAUGAACAUUCAAAUUUUCAGUAGAAAACUUUUGUUACAAUGCUUUUGAUUACAGAAAUAUCAUAACAUCUCAUCAACACUUGUAGAAGAUAUGUAAUCUGAUUAAUAUUUUGCAAUAGCUUGAAUACUGUUUAUGCUACAAGAUCUAAUUGAUUUGUUAGUUUUUUAAUUGAGGUUGCACUGUAGUAGUUGUAUGUUAUAUUUUAUACUUCCCCACUAUUCUAGUAAAUCUUUUCAAUCAAAAUUUAUGAUUUUGAUGCUGUGCGUUUGCUGCAGUUAGCUUUUUGUUAUUAGCAAAAUUGGUAAAUAUAUUCUACCAAUGUGUAGAUUGUAAUAUCCACGGUAACUAGUGUAUGAAUUUGUUCAAAUAAGUGAAUUUGUUUACUAUAUAUGUGCAUAUUUGUUGGAUUGUUUAUCCAAAUAAUUCUCAUAAGUUAAAUGUGCAUGAAGAGACAGCAAAGAAAAAACAUAAGAAUAAGAAUAAAUCCAGAGAAACAAAUAAAUAUCAUUAACAAUAUUGCCAGUGUAAACUUCUUUAGAAAUAACUUGCUGAUAAUAUUUUUGUCAGUUUACAUGUAAAGUAUAACAUUUUUAAUAAAUUCAAACUGGAUGUUAAUAAAAACCCUAAUGACCCACUGAUCAUUAACCCUAAAAGGAGGGGGGGGGGGCAUGGUGGCCCCCUCGACGCUUUGCGCGAUAUUUCCGAAAUGCAAAACGAUAGCGCCGCAAAACUAUAUGGCUUUUUUUUUUUGAAGUCUCGUGCAACUUUUGAGACCAAAUUCACGACAUACGGGUAUACAAGCGUGAUGCUCAUGACUUUUUACGAGGCAAUGUCAUGCCGAAAAUGGCUCAUUUUUAUACUUUGUGUACAAAGUCUGUGGGAGAUGAAAUUAAAAAAGGGUGAUUAUAUUUCGUUCUAAUUGGUCUGCUAAAUUAAUUUAGGGCGUAAUUUUGUUGUUAAAUGGUCUGUAAUCAUUUCCAUUGAAAAAAAACCACAAUGAAAAACAAAAGAUGAAGAAAUAAAGAAAUACAUAAGGAAAAAAAUGGGCUUUUGCAAAUUUUCAUUAUGGAAACCUUUAAAUUAGAUUAAAAAGAUGACAUCUUUUAAAAAAGAAGAAAAUUUAAAGUGAAAUAGGGUGUAAAAUAUGCAAAUAAUCUUUUUUCAAGAAUAAAUUUGCAGAUUUUAUUCAUAGUGAUUGAAAAAUAAUUAUUUUCAAAUUUUUUUAUAUACUAGCUUGUAGUUUAUGUGGUAAAGAAUGUGCGUGCCAAAUUUCGGCACGGUUGCGCGAACUGCGUCCAAGAUCAGAAGGGGGGCCGUCAUGCCCCCCCCCCCAGUCCUCAUUACAUCUCAAAAAGCCCAGUCCUUUUAGGGUCAAAUCAAUCCCGGUGGUAGGCCCAUUCUAAUUUUGAUAAGACUACAAGUUAUGAUCUUUUGAUCAGACUAUUAUUUUAAAAAUGCUGCUAGUGGUUAAUCACAUCCCAAACUUUACAAAUGAAGAGCUCAGUUGCAAAAAGGGUUAGGUCCAUAUUUCAUCAAAUUUGAUUUUUUUAAAAUUCUCAAUGUAUAGAUUUUUAGUAGCUGUAUAAGAUGAUACCAAAGAAAAGAUGAAAUUCCCAUUAAAAAGUAAACAAAAUUGGCAAUGAAAAAUUCCUUUUUUUCAAAAGGGGUUAGGCCCACAAAGAAUUUUUUGG